AUGGCCUCGAAUGCGAAGACCAGCCCGCAAGUCGAGAAUGAGUCGGCCGAGUUGAGCCUCCGCCAGGCACUCGCCAGCGGCAGUGCCGUGGACGACAAGACUGGCACCUCUGACGACCGGGCCAACAUGUUUCGGAUGGGAAAGAAGCAGGAGCUGAGGAGAAACUUCCGCUUCGUUUCCAUGUUUGGAUUUACUAUGAUCCUUAUGGCAUCAUGGGAAAGCAUCAUUAGUGUCUCCAACAUCGGCCUUGUCAAUGGCGGUACUGCGGGUUUGAUCUGGAUGUUCUUCAUUUGUUGGGUUGCGUUCAUCUUCAUCAACACGUCAAUGGCGGAGAUGGGGUCAAUGAUGCCCACUGUGGGAGGCCAAUAUCAUUGGGUGUCAGAAUUUGCCCCGAGAGACUACCAGAAGUUCAUUAGUUACCUUAUGGGAUGGCUUUGUGUCUUGGGUUGGCAAGUCGGCUGCACUUCGGGCGCGUAUCUUGUCGGCACGCAGAUCCAGGGGCUCAUCGCAUUGAACAACCCGGCAUAUUCCUAUGAGCGCUGGCAUGGGACUCUUCUCACUAUCGCUGUCUCUGCAUUUGCAAUCCUGUUUAACACGGUCCUGGCCAGGAAGCUGCCCCUGAUCGAAGCGAUUAUUCUUGUCAUCCACAUCUUUGCCUUUUUCGGUAUCUUGGUUACGCUUUGGGUACUGGCACCGGUAAACAGUUCACCCAAGCAAGUUUUCACCCAGUUCAGCGACGGUGGCGGUUGGAGAAGCCUCGGCGGUUCCGCGCUCAUUGGUAUCACCAGUGGGAUUUACCCUCUCAUCGGAGGGGAUGCCGCCGUGCAUAUGUCUGAGGAGCUGAGAGACGCCGGCAAGACGCUCCCGAAGUGUAUGAUCUGGACAACCGUUGUUAAUGGCGGUCUGGCGUGGGUCAUGAUUAUCACGUUCUGCUUCUGCGUCGGAGAUCGUGAAGAAGUUCUCAACAGCCCGACAGGAUAUCCAUUUAUGCAGGUAUUCUACAACGCGGUCCGGUCAACGAGAGGAGCAACCGCCAUGUCUGUCUUCAUCACGAUAAUGUUUUUCUUUGGGCUAUUGACUUUUGUCGCCACAAGCUCCCGUCAGCUAUAUGCGUUUGCCCGAGACAAGGGCCUCCCCUUCAGCACAUGGUUCGCAACCGUCCGGCCGGGGUGGGACAUCCCUUUUAACGCGCUCAUCUUCACUUUCGUGUUUACCAGCGCCUUGUCUCUGAUCAAUCUUGGGUCCGCAACUGCCCUCAACUCCAUUACCGGCCUGCAAAUCAACGCCAUGCUGUCCAGCUACAUUGUUUCGAUCGGCUGUACGAUAUGGCGCCGCUGUACGAACCAACCUCUGCUGCAAUCGAAGUUCAACCUGGGCAGGUGGGGCUUGCUCGUCAACAUCAUCUCGAUGGCAUUCCUGGUCUUCUUCUUCAUACUGGCAUUCUUCCCUUCCUCGCCCCACCCCGAUGCAGCCAGUAUGAACUGGAACAUUUUGAUCUAUGGCGCGGUCAUCCUGCUUUCUACCGUCUAUUAUAUGUUCUGGGGGAAGAAACACUACGACGGCCCAGUGGAAUAUGUGAGAAAGAUGGACUAA